AUGUCGUAUCCGCUUUUAUAUGUUAUUCCUUUUAUCGGACCGAUCCUUGUUAUGUCCUGUCUUGUACAGACCCUGUAUGUUCGUCACUACACGAGUAUAUAUUUUCACUAUGGGUUACAGCGUGUAAUCGGAGAAAUGGUGACCUAUGUCAAAGAGGCGCAACAAUACGAAAGAGAAAUUUUCUGCAAGUAUAUUGCAAAAUGUAGCAUCCUUUACGGAAGUUGCAUGUUAUUCGCAUACGUGACUGUGACUACCUUUUUGCUAGGACCAGUAAUCUUGUCAACUUCUUUUCCAUUAGAUGCAGAAUAUCCAUUUAACGUUAAUUAUACGCCUGUAAAUGCUAUAAUAUAUUUGCAUCAAUCUUUUGUUUGCUGUCAAUGCGCUGCAAAUAUAUGUCUAUGCAUAUCUGGUGCGCUUUUACUUUGGUUUACGGCUGCAAGAUUCGAAUGUUUGGCCGUGGAAUUCAAAAAAAGUUCAAAUAUUGAUAUGGUGAUCACUUGCGUAAAGAAACAAUUACUUUUAAGGAGAUAUGCAAACGAAGUGAUCAAUUCUUUUCGUUUCCUAAUACUUUAUACUACAAUAGUAACAACAUUUACUAUAACUUUGUCUUGUAUUAUAGUAUUCAUGAAUCCACCAUUAAUUGUAAAAAUGCAGUUCAUGGCCGCAUGUCUCACUGUACUCACGGAAAUUUAUAUGUACGCGUGGCCAGCCGAUCACAUGAAGGAUAUGAGCGCAAACGUAUCACAGAGUGUGUACGACAUAGCUUGGUAUGAACAACUAGAAAUGCAAAAGGAUCUACUAAACGUAUUGGUAUAUAAAAAACCAGUGAUUAUUUCCGUCACUUAUCUAGUGCCAGAACUUUCUUUGCGUUAUUAUUGUUCGUACCUGUCCAAUGCUUUCUCCAUCUUCACCUCUUUGCGCAUCUUAUUGUCAGUAAAUAAUUCAGCACAAUAAAUAUCAUCUUCUAAUAAUACGGAG